AUGAACGGUCCGCGGGUCGAAAUGGAUUUUGGUCAGAUGUCGGUUGGUUACAUACCGUUCAAUCAGUUUAACAACGCAACGAGGAAGGGACCGCGACCGGCGGACGUCCAAAGACCGCAAGACUACGCCAAGCAAAAGAACGUCACGGCGUCACCAUCGGUUAGACCACGGUCGAUCGACAGCGGCAACUUUCUGGAGAUUCACUCACUGCCAAAAUCGUUUCCUCGCUUGCCAGUGCCUGCCGUCAUCUCGUAUCGAGUGACGGGCACAGUGCGUCCACCAAAACCAACACUCACCUAUCGCACCCAUUGGCUGUUGGUAUCGGCAAAUCGCGAAUCGAAUAUCUAUGAUAGCCGCUUGUCGACUGCCUGCGAAACCUAA